AUGUUCUCCUCGUCUCGUUAUUUAAUGAAGCCAUUGCGUUUUUGCAAGGCUGAAACAUCAUUAAUUUUAACAAAAUUUCGUUAUGAGUCUUUACAUUGUCAUAGUUUUAUUUUAAAUAAAAAAGGUUUAAAUAAUUUAAUAAUGAAACCACAAUAUAAUUGUUAUUCUUUGAACAAAAAUGCAACAACACGAAAUAAUGAAGAUACAAUAACUACUCCUUCUGAACCUUCCGCGACUAAAAAUGGCUUAACAAACUUUCCUCCUAAAGAUGCUAAGAAUAAAAAUGAGCUUUUAACUGAACGAAUAUUUGAAAUAACUAAAAUGAAGAUCAAAAAUACACAACAUGCACUUAAUAUUGCUUCUAAAUCAUUGAAUGAGUUAACAGGUUAUUCUGUAAUCGAGAAAUUGAAAGAAAAGGUGAUUCAACAGGAAAAAGAAUUUGUAGCUACACGUCAACGCCUCGCAUCUGCCAAAUUAGCUUAUGAGGAAGCUGUUGCAAAACGAUCCGCUACUCAACGAGAAAUUAAUGAACUUCUUCAACGGAAACAUCAAUGGUCUAACGAUGAUGUUAUGAAGUUCACGGAACUUUAUCGAAAUGAACAUUUGAAUGAAAAAAUGUUAACUGAAGCAAAAGAGGAACUUCAUAAAUAUGAAAAACAAGUUGAAAAAGAAUAUACUGAAUUAUCUAAAUCUAUAAUGAUGCGUUACCAUGAAGAACAGGUCUGGAGUGAUAAAAUUCGUAGCGCUUCAACAUACGGUACAAUUGCUCUUAUGACACUCAACAUUAUUUUAUUUAUUUGUGUACAAACUAUUUUCGAACCUCGUAAGAGACAAAAAUUAGCUGAGAAAUUUGAAGAAUUGCUUAUUAAGAAAUUAGAUAAGAAUGAGGAGACAGGAAUCUUUCAACAGUUAUAUCAUAAAUAUGAAAGAAUGGACGAAAAAAUAAGUAAAUUAUUAACAGAUAAUAACUUAUAUCCUAUUAAAAAACAUAAUGAAUCUAUUGUUGAAUUUGAAACAAAUCAAAAUAAUUUAGAAAUUAGAACGGAAAAUGAACUUAUUGAUUAUGAUAAUUUAUUAAAAGAUAGUGAAAAGUCAAUAAUAGAAGAAGAGACUUAUGACCCUAAAAAUGAUAUUAUACUCACCCGUGGAGAAUUGGACAAGAUAAUAAUUUUAUCUACAUUGAUGGGUGCUGGUGCUGGCUGGCUAUUAAGUUUUAUAUUUACUGAACGUUUUAAUAGAUGA